UGAUCAUGUUUUGAAUUCGCUUCCGGGGUUGAAGCUGGGGGGCGGGGCUUACGGGUGGUGACGUCACAGCCGCCAAAAAUCAAACAUUUCCGCAACGUGUAGCGGAUGUUUUCAUCAUAAAGCUGCUAACGAACACUAUUCAACACAAAAUAAACAAUUGCAUAUCAUGGAGGGAGCGUCUACGAAAGGUGUUUUGAGUCAUCUCAGUCUGCUGGAAGUUCAGGCCCGGAGCCGUAAAACUCAACCUCAGAGGCCGAGUCAGCUGAAGGAGCUGAAGGCUAAAGUUGAAGCUCUGAUGACGCAGAGAGACCAGCUGAGAGCAGAGACAGAGACUCAUCAGAAUCUCAAGAAACUGAGGGCAUCUAUGGACAAACAGUGUACACAUGAAGAAGAUGAAGAGGAGGGAAUGGAUGAAGACUCUGAGAACUCCAACCUACUGCGGCUGAUGGCCAGACAAACACAACUGAAAGACCUCCUGCAUGCUCAUCACAUCAUUGGUGGCUACAACGUCAUAAAGACCCAUCAAGGUAAAGGAGUGUGCGUGUCCAUGGCUACAGCCUACGAGGGAGUCUGCUUAGAAACCUACAAUCUGGAGAUCAACCUGAAGCCGACCGUGAGGAUCAGUCGUCACAACGUUCCCCCGUUCAUUCCUUUAAACGACCUGACGGAGCGGAGCAACAUGCAGACAGAUUUAAGGACUCUUUUGGACCCCCUCAGCCAACAUCUCAACGCCUUUGCCGGUCGCAGGCAGCAGUUGAAGCUUCUUAAGGAGCUCCAUAAGUCUGUCGAGGUGAUGGAGAGCAACGUUUUGUGUUCAUUACUGGUGCUGAUGUUCACGGUGCCGAGAGAGAAGACGGCUGUUCUCUGCUCGCUGGACUACACCGACCGCACCAGAUGUCUUCCCACGAGAGUCCACUUUGAAUGUGAUGACAAGGAGCUUCCUGAUUCUCCAGAGUGGAAGAAACACCGCAGCCUUUUCAUGGAGACUCCUGUUCACAAAGCUUUGAUAACCAUGAGGAAGAUGGGGAAUAUUCUGUAAUUUAUUAAGAAAUAAAAUGAAACUUUUCUACAUUUUAAUAUACAAAUUAUUCACGUUCUCAUUGUUUUAUAAAAUUUAUAAUAAAACACAAAUAU